GACUAAAAUAAAGACCCAUCGGAUCGCUCACCUCCUCUUCAAUUUUACUUUUUCUGAUUUUUGCUUUUUUGUUUUUUUCCCUUUCUUUCCUUCUCUCUUUCUUGCAACAGAGCACGGAAGGCAGCAGCAGCUCCACUCUGAGGCUUGUCAAGGCUCAGCGCACGCACGCACACACACAGACACACAACCCAGAGCGAAAACAUUUGCUCUCACCUGUCUCCAAACCCAAAGGGAACCUCACGUCCAAGCAGAGCGCCAACACUUCGAGAGAGAAGGCACCCGAGCCAGAAUCUAAUGUGAGGGGAAGAAAUCCAAUGCACAGUAGCAACUUUUUUGCUAAAAACGCAAGCAGGCAUAAGGAAGAAAAGGAGCAUUUUAAGAAAAUGACACCUUAAGGAAGAAGAUUUUUUUUUUUAAUUUUGCAACAAAGUUUGGAGAAGUUGUUUGUUGUGUUUUUUUAAUUAUUAUUUCGUGCAUCUUUUUCUAAGAACAUUGAAUCAGUGUUACUCGCAUGUAAAAAUAUUUUACGUGUAUAUAUAUAUAUAUUUAAAAGGAAGACACUCAAGAGGAAAAAUAGCAUGUGGACCACCUAGCAAAAGGCAAUACCGAAGCAUCCUUUGGGGCGAGGGGGGACGCAGACUCUGGAUGUGGAUGAUUUUGAGGGACUGCAUUUUUUUUCCCACUGGGCUUAUGAGAUAGCAAGAGAGGCGGGCGGCUCACCGCGCGUUACUUCUGCCUUCCCUCACCACCACCUCGUCCAAGGUCUCCAGCAACUCUUCCCGCCAGCAGCCCGGCUCGGAGGGGACAUGGGAACGGGCGCAGCAGCCCUCGAUGCCUGAGGCCGGGCGGCCGCGGGGCUGUCUGCGGGAAGCGCUUCCCCUCUCCCGGGGCUCGGCGUCCAUGUGCCCGCAGCCGGCGGGGCCUGAAGUCGGGAUGAAUUUCGGCGUGGUCUUGGCGUUCAUCCUCUCCCUGCCCCUGGCCCGCCUGGAGGGGGACCCCAUACCUGAAGACAUUUAUGAGAUUUUGGGUGGCAGCUCGGUGCGCUCCAUCAGCGACCUCCAGCGCGCCCUGCGGAUAGACUCCGUAGAGGAGGAUACCUCGAGCCUGAGCUUGAAUACAACUCAACCUGGUCAAAACCCUGUGGCCCUGUCUCGAGAGCGACGAAGCCUAGAUGCUCUGGCAGCAGCAGAGCCAGCUGUCCUCGCAGAGUGCAAGACGCGGGCGGUGGUCUUUGAAAUCUCCCGCAACAUGGUGGACAGCACCAACGCCAACUUUGUGGUGUGGCCGCCCUGCGUGGAGGUGCAGCGCUGCUCUGGGUGUUGCAACAACCGCAACGUGCAGUGUCGCCCCAUGCAGAUUCGUGUCCGGCACGUCCAGGUGAACAAGAUCGAAUUUGUCCAAAGAAAGCCAAAAUUCAAAAAAGUCGUUGUGCCUUUGGAGGACCACGUGCAGUGUCGGUGUGAAGCAGUGUCCCGUCCGCCCCCCAGGAACAGCUGGCCAGGGCCACGUGAACAGAGACGCUUGUCACCAUCGUUCACCACAGCCGCUGUGUCACAGAGGCAGCGAGUACGCCGGCCGCCGGCACAGAAGAGGAAACAUAAGAAGUACAAGCAUGUCAAUGAUAAGAAAGUGCUGAAAGAAAUCCUCAUAGCAUAGAAGUGCUGGCAGGGGAGAGAGAGCACAAGGCAGGUUUAUUUAAUAUAUUUGCUGUAUUGCCCCCAUGGGGUCCUUGGAGUGAUAACUUUUCCUCUUUGUCUGUCUGCCUCGACGUCUGAUUCAGACGGCAAUUGGUGCUUCCCUUUCCAUCAGUGGACCUUCUCCCACCAAAGCCUCUCCCUUCUUUCAUUUAUUAGCAUACUUUUAAAGUUUUACACAAACACGGAAAGGACAAACAUGAUCUAUAUAUAUAUAUGUAUGAGAAAAGAACAAAGUACAAGUAAAACCUUGAACCCAGACACCCACAACAUGCAACGAGGACAGGAUAAUGCCUUCCCUGCUCCAGAGGACAGGAUGGAAAAUGUGAAAAGGAAAGUGGGUCCAAUUUCUUCUGAGGGGAGGACAAAAACGAAUGGUCAGCGAGCGGAAGGGGAAUAUUCUCUCUUCCCCUCAUGUUUCUGGUAAGGCUGGGGGGCCCAGCUGAGAUCAACACUUGCACUGGACCUAUGUUUUGAAAACAGGCAUAUCUCUGAUUGUGAGCGGCAACCCACGAUGGAAAAUGCACUAAGGACUUUUAUCACGCUACCUGGACAGAUAUAUAUUUUUAAUGUGCGUGUGUACAUUUUAUUUCAAAGAAGAAAAACCAAAACCACUAAGAUACACAACAUCUCGGGGAACAGAACACAAAAAAAAAAAAAAGAAGAAAAAGUCAAAACAAAAAAAGCGAAGAAGCCAAAUGCAUUCCCCCCCUCCCUUUCCCCUCCUGCUCCUGGUGCUGACUGGAAGGUGUUUGGAUUGUGGGGAAGGAGGAGGUGGUGGCAGGAUCAUCUCCACGCCCCCGGCCCCUGCCAAGAGGAGCCAUCUUUGCACAUGUUGGUGGAGAAUUCAACUUUCCAGGCUCGGACUCAGAGUAUUUUUUAAAUUUGCUCUGUAUGUGUGCGCGUGUAUAUCUGUGUGUAUAUACGUGUGAGUGUGUGUGUGUAUGUGUAUUUAUACAUGCAUAUAUAAAUAUAUACAUAUAUAUAUAUAUGUUCUUAAAUGGAUUUCAUUCCCCAGUGGCAGGAAGCUCAGAGGCACGCGCAUGCAUCCGCUUCGUUGGGCUGGCAGAAAAGAACACUGUUACUGUAACGUGCCUACAAGGUCUGGGAUGGGGCAGGCAGGGACAUCAUCUGAUCUCUCUCUAUCUUGUUGCCCUUUUCUCUCGCUCUCCACCAACCCCCCAGCACAACUUCCUCACAGGAGGCAAAGUGGCACCACAACAAGACCAACAACAGCCAAACUUAGAAGCAUGACUUAAUCUCCGUGAGCUCCCUUGCCUGCUCUGUGGUCCUGGAAGCAGAAUCAUGUCAUCCCCCCGGGGUUUUUAACCCCUUCACAGUGUCCUGCACACUGUGCCUUCACUGCCCUCUCCCUGCCAGUGCUCCUUCAUCCCCCAUUUUUUCCCCUCACUUUUUCACUAUCAAAUUCCUUCUGAAUUCUGCCCAUUAGGUGUUCCAAGCCCACCUAACUUGGAAGUUGGUCCAAGAUGUGGGCAGCUCAGUAUAGAUAUAGAGAAAGAAAUUAGGAUGGCCUUUGUACUUGGCAGCAGCUGGCUGAGACAGGAGAGCUCAGAGGACAACUGGAGGGUCUGUUGUAGAGUCCCUCCCAGGCCACUGACUGCUCCAGAGGAGGGAGGAGAGGACUCUGCAGGCAGGGGCUACUUCUACACACCAAAUACUCAGUCACCAGUUGCAGAAGUCUUGCACAUGAUGGGAAUUUCCAGCUUCACCUCAGAGUCCUGCUCCUGGGUUGUGCCGUGCUGGGCGGUGUAGAGUGACACAUGAAGUUAGUGCCUGCCUCGAGCUAGCCAGGCAGUCUUCCCUCCUGCCUCCAGCCACUUCUCCCCUCACACACACACCUCUGUGUCAGGGCAAAGCCCCCGCAGGAGCUGGAGGAAUGAGGCAAAGCUGCAACCUGGGAGUUGUAACGAGUUGUGGAGGGACCCAGCCCUCACCUCCUGCAAGCCCAGAGCACUUCUCGUACCGCUGCCGAGGCUCCCUCCCACCAACCCCGAGCCCUCAAGUCUUAAGACACUUUGUUCUCCUGUUCCAAGAUCUGUUUCCUUUGGUUUGUAAAGAUGGUGAGGUUUUAUUUUAUUUUAAUUUUUUUUUGCUUUUUUUUUAAAUGUAAGAUUAAUUUAUACUCAGUACUGUAUUUAAAGUUGUAAAAAAGAAAAAAAAAAGAAAAAAGAAAAAAAAAAAAGGAAACCAAACCUCUCAAA